AUGUCUGGGCGCGCCAAUCGCGCCUCCGCGGAUCCCCCCAAGAUCCCCGAAAGCUUUCUCAAGGCGCUUCACCGCGGCGAAGCUCCGCCUUCCGCUGGUCCCGCCCCGCUCGCGGAAAGCGCAGGCGGGUCCGCGAAGCCGGGGGGAAGUGGCGGCGGAGCACUAUCAAAGCAAUCGACUCCAAAAAAAACUUCUCUCGAGCGCAAGCGUUCCGCCGCACGCGCGUCUUCCCCUGAUACUUCCGCCGCAUCCGCUGCGGCUCCGCCUUCCGCCCCCCUCGCCUCCGCCGCGGGAGGCGCAGGCGAAGCUAAAGGGUCGGGGGAAGAGGCGGCGGCGGCAGCAGCGGCGGCAGCAGCAGUAGAAAAUACUGCAGAAGAGGUGACAGGAGUGGGUGGUGGUAGUAAUGGUGCAGAGGAAGGGGCAAAUACAAAAGGUGCUGUGAACGAAGUGACAGAUGCAGCAGCAGCAGCAGCAGCAGCAGCAACAACAGCAGCGGCGGCAGCAGGGGCAGCAGGGGUUCCAGAAGCAAGUGGUGGUGGAGUGGAGGCUUCAGGGCGCAGCAGCGGCAAGGAGGCUCUAGUGAAUAUCCACGAGCCGUUCCUGGCGCCCGCUCGCCCCAAGAGGAAAGGCCUCACCUGCCGCAAGGUGCUCUUCAUUCUCUGCGGCCUCUUUGCCCUCGCCAUCCUAGCUGGUCUCGUCGUGGGGAUUCUGCCGCCUGUCAUCCCCCCUGGUGCUGCCACGAUGCCUUCCGUGUGGUGGACGACUAGCCUGCGCAACAACAGCAAGGUCAUGCUCUUCUCCCAGGGAGCUAACCGCUGGAUAGCACCACCCACUGCCACCGCACCCUCCCCCCCUCCCUCCCGCCCCUCCUCCUCCCCCGCUCUUGACUGGUCCAAGCCAUGGGCAGCAGGACUCACUACCUCCCUGCCUCUCAACCAGUCUCUCACCAUUGUUUUCACGUCCUCCUCUUCCGCCUCCUCCGCCUCUGCCCCCUCCUCCCCUUCCUCUGCCUCUCCCGCCUUUGCACUGCAAGCGCCCUCCGGUCUCUUUCUCGCACCGUCCUCGCCCACCCCUCGAGCCACGUUCGCUGCCACUGCUGGUUCCAUUGGGGACGCAGCUGCCUUUGUUGCCGAGCCUGCUCCUGGCGACCCUUCCUCCCUCCUCAUCCGCCUCGCAUCCCCUCCCGCCUCCUACCUCACCGUCUCCGCCCCUCCCGCGUCCCUCCUCGCGCUCCAUCCCCCGGGCUCCCUCCCUGCGCGCCCCGCAUACUUCCGCGUGCGGGAGGGCAUGGAGGUGGCAGCAGCGCGCGGCGUGAACCUGGGCGGGUGGCUGGUGGCGGAGGAGUGGAUGGAGCCGGGGCUGUUUGAGGGGGUUCCGGACGUGGUGGACGGGGUGCUCGUGCAACUGCAGGCGCAGCAGUCGGGGCGAUACGUGUCGCUGUGGGACUCUGCCACUGGCGAGGUCAGAGCAUCAGCCACCUCGCCAUCCUCAGCUGAGACCUUCUUCCUUCGCCUCGCACCCGGCCCCUCCUCCUCCCCUCCCCUCUCCCUCUCCUCCCCCUCCUCCUCGCCCUCCAACGUCUCUCUCUACAUCCGUGCCGCCAACGGCCGCUUCCUCUCCAUUCCCUCCACUUCUCCCGCCUCUCGCUCCACCUCUCGUUCCUCUGCCUCCGCUGCUGCUCCACCUAGCUCUGUGCUUGUUGCUAAGGCGCUCUCCUCCCCGGCCUCCCCUCUCUGGUCCCCCUCCUCCUCCUCCUGCCCCUCCUGCCUCUUCUCCUUCCUCCCCCAGGACCGCCGGCGAGGCGAGUGGCAGCUAUCCCAAGGCCUCAGAGCCACCCAAGGGGACGAGGAGGCGGAGAGGCGGGUGAAGGAGCAUAGAGAGGGGUUUGUGAGGGAGGAGGAUUUGGCGUAUUUGUCAAGGCAGGGGGUGAAUACGGUGCGGGUGCCUGUGGGGUACUGGACUGUGUAUGGGGAGGGCGUGGGGGAGAGCGGCGGCACGCCGUUCGUUGGAGGGGGUCUGGCGAAGGUGGAUCAACUCUUCGACUGGGCAGAGAAGCACGGAGUGAGGGUGCUCUUUUCCCUGCACGGGGCACAUGGGUCGCAGAACGGGUACGAUCACAGCGGCAGUCAGGACGGCUUUGGGGAGUUUGGCCGCGCCGACUCUGCAUACCACGUCACUGCCACGCUCAACACCAUCCAGCUGCUCGCCAAGCGCUAUGCCGCCCGCCCUGCCUUUCUGGGCAUGGGCGUGCUCAACGAGCCCACCAGCAACUGGGUGAACUCGCAGGCCCUCUCCUCCUUCUACCGCCGUGCUUACACCGCCGUGCGCGCUGCCUCUCCCUGCGCCUAUGUGGGCCUCUCCACCUACGCUGACACAGACAGCCCGUUUCUGAAGGGGCUGAUGACGGGCGACGAGCACACGAACGUGCUGGUGGACCUGCACAUCUACAGCGUGCAUGCGGAGAAGCUCAGGCAGAUGUCCCUCCAGCAGAACCUCCAGUUCCUCACACUCAACAGGUCAGCGGAGAUAAGGCAGUACCAGGAGGGCAAUCGGAUGGCCAUGGUGGGCGAGUGGUCACUCGCUCUACCAACCGACAACGACUCCGAUCCAUUGCCCACGUGGAUUGGCCUGGAAUCAUUGGAAGAGGAGCGCUGCACCCUUCUCCCUUCUUCGUGUUCUGCACUUCCUCCAUUCCCCUCCUACUUCCCCUGCCCCCAUUUCCCUCUUUUCUCCUUUACCUCUUCCCCCCUCAUCCCUCCCCCUUUUGCUGCCUUUCCCGUCCUCCCACCCCAUUCCUCAUCCCUCUCCUACCAACCUCACACCCACCAUCAGGAUGACGUCAAGAAGUUCACUGAAACGCAGCGGGAGGUGUUUGGGCAGGCCAAGGGCGGGUGGUACUUCUGGUCGCUCAAGCUCAACCGCACCAACGACUACCCCAACUGGAGCUUCCGCUCCAGCGUUGCAGCGGGCUGGCUGAAAAAUGCCUCCAGUGGUUCUGGCGUGUGGUGA